AUGGCGCCACCGAAAAAUCAAGGGAAAAAUCUAGAAGCCGAAAGUGUGUUGCAGGCGGUUGUUCUUGCAGACACCUGUGUCGUGUCUAAUGCUGGGGUAAAACCAGUGCCUCUUACCUCUUUGCAACACUCCACUGAUCGAGUAUACCCUGGAGUCCCUUGCGGUUGCCGGGGUGCAAAAGAAUCCAAAUGGAGUCGAUCGUAUUCUCCACUAGAGAUCAUAACUAUUUUGGCACGAGAAGCACGCUCGGUCGGCGACGUAUUGCGAGAAUUGGACGCGAAACAAUUUAUCAAUUCGGAUUUUAUACUAAUGAGUGGCGAUGUGGUAUCAAAUAUAAAUUUGGAAAAAGUUCUUGAUGCUCAUAGAAUGCGGAAAUCGACGGACAAAAAUGCAAUCAUGACAAUGGUAACCAAGGAAGCGAGCCCCUUUCACAGAACAAGGGCUAUGGGUGAAUCUUCAAUUUUCGUUCUUGACGCGAAAACUAACGAAUGUGUUCACUACGAGUCAGUCGAAGCAUUUCCACGCAAACGACGAAUGGUUAUGAGCACCGAAGUGUUUAAAAAGCACGCUGACAUUCAGAUACGCAACGAUCUUAUCGAUUGUCAAAUUGACAUUUGUUCGGUGGAGGUUCCACCUUUAUUUACCGAGAACUUUGAUUAUCAAGACAUAAGAAAAGAUUUUGUAUACGGAAUUUUGACAUCUGAACUACUGGGGAAAACUAUUUAUUGUCACGUUGUUAAAGAUGCUUAUGCAGCAAGGGUGAGAAGUCUGCAGACUUACGAUGCUAUAAGUAAAGAUGUUUUAUCACGGUGGACUUACCCCAUCGUUCCCGAUAAUAAUUUACAAGAGGGUGAUAGUUACGAAUAUAUGCGUGGUCAGAUUUACAAAGAACGGAACGUUGAGCUAUCGAGAUCUUGUUCGCUGGGCGAGAAAGUGUUGAUAGGUGCUGGUACCAGAAUUGCCGAGAAUGUCAAGAUAACAAAUUCCGUAAUCGACAAUCCAUUCAUAGGUCCUAAUGUCGAAAUUGACGGUGCUUAUAUUUGGGACGGUGUCAAGAUUAAUGCGAAUUGUUCAAUAUUUCGUUCUAUACUGGCGAAUAAUGUCGUAUUGGAAGAGAAUGUGAUCGUCAAUAAGGGUUGCUUGUUGGCUUGCGAUGUAAGCGAAAUCAUUUCCUCUGACAACCUUUUUGAAAAAGAAAGAAGUCACAUCUCAUGCGUUCCAAUGUAA